AUGGACGAUACCACGACACUGGUUUCAGACCUCUUGAACAAGCUCGCCGAGCUUAAUCAAAGGGUCUGCGAUUAUCGCCAGGAGAUGGGUGACGAGUUUCAACGGUACUCGCACCGUCUGUUACAGGAUGCGCCUGAGCAUGUCUCGGUUCGUGUCGGGGAGGUGCUUGCAGAGGAGCUCCACAACUACUCGGCAUUGAGCCCUGCUUUGGUCACGCUUAAUGGUACCGCUGUAGAUCUUGUUGGUCGCUCUGACGCUGAGCGGUGGUCUCGACGUGGAAGGGUCUCACCACCGCCCGUCCUACCUCACACUUCGGGUGUUCCUCCUCAUGACGUUACCUCCGGUUCACCUCCUGACCGCGAUCGUGAUCGUGAGUUCCACGGUCUUUUCACGCCGAGCUAUCUCCCUUUGCUUGAAGUCGUACAGCCAAGCAAAGCUGUGCACUCCCCUCCAAUUGCUGCAUCAUCGCUUCCCACGUCUUGUGAUAAUGAAUCUAAUAUUACUCAAGAACCAUCACCCCGCAGCCCAAUCGACAUAGCCCCGUCAACUCCGGAGACCGUCCACCGUCUUAUGGAAGACACUAUGUCCUCAAACAAUUCAGACGAUAGUAUUUCGCGUACACGUAGAAGUGCAUUGCGCCGGUCUUCAAGCGGCUCCACGAAAGACGUCGUGAGCCCGCGGCGAGUCCGGUUCGAUGUCGAAGGGGAAGAAGUUCUACCCACGGUCUCCCCUCCAGGUUCACCUCGAAUCAAUGAGCUCCUUACGUCACCCCCGUCCGAUAACAUGGUCAACCCCAACCACGAGUCCCUUAACCACACAGCUCCUGAAGAUGGAGCCUCUAUUUUGGGCAAUUCCCCCCCAAGACCUAAGAAGAUAUCGUCAACCGAACGUCUAAAAGCCUUAGCCAGAAUUUCAACAGAAGAUACGUCUAAGUGGACUGUUGUCGGUGAUACACUCGACGACGAUGAAGAAGAGGAAGGACUUGUUAUGUUCACUUCUAAAAAGAAACCACAAAUUUCCUCUGUAGAGCCAGCUUCUACGAAAACCAUGAACAAUGGUAUACGUUCUGAUCGCGUACAAAUUGAAAAGUCGAAAGAUCUAGUGGAAGAUACCCACAAUAACCACGCCCUGGAUGAGGAAGAAAUCGCGGAUGAUUUACUUGAAUUGACCCCUCUCAGUUCCUUCAAGGAUAAAAAACGGUUUUCACCUCCGAAAAGGGCACAGCAAAGCAUACCAGAAGUGACGCCGAAUAAGAUUUCAACAUCUCAGCAGUUAUUGCCCAGCGAAACAAAUCCUCAUGGCUCGGCUCUCUUGUCACAGACCCAUGGGGCUCUAUACGGUGAAGAGGAAGAAAUGUUUGAUUUCGAUGACGACCAGUCAGCUUCGCAAUCACGAUCAGCGCAGCCGGCUUCUAAGUAUAUUCAGGAGGUAGAAGAGGAGCCCGAGGUUGAAACUGAAAAACAGAUUACGUCUGCCAUGGAUAAAUCAGAUGAGAACUCGACCACUACGUUGUAUUCUACAUCACCUGCCAUUCCAAUUGCCAAACCUGCAACCCCGCCUCUUGCAUCGCCUGUAUCGUCGCUUCCGAAAUUUGUAAGCGCAUCCGCCGGUUCAUAUAAAGGGAAACCUUUUAUAAUAGGAGUAGUCCGUGACGAGGACCUGCACAAAAGGGCGAUUGAAAUGGGCGACUUCUCUACUUUUGUAGGGAGUGUCGAUGGUCGAAGUGGUGUGGACGCCUCGGACAGCUACCGUCGCGAUCCGUAUAGUUUUAAUGGGUCCCCAAGGAGUUUGGGCGAGCGGCUCCUUGAAGAGGCGUUUGCUGCGCGUCGUCUUUCGGGCAAUGCGCGCAAGCAGGAGUGA